AUGACGUGGUUCGGUCGCUUGACCACCAGAGCAGCAGGAUGGCCGACCAGAGUAGGCAAACAAAACUCGCUGCAGCUAAGAAAAAGCUGAAGGAGUUUCAACAGAAGAGCUCUCCUGCUUCUGUGGGAGGAGAAAGAGGAGGAGGAGGAAGUGGAACAGGAUCCAAGAAGAAACGAAAGGUGAAGGAAGUGAACCAGCUUGAUGCAGACAGAGAUUCCCCAGACAAUUUUGACAGUUUUCUGAAAGCACUUAGUCAAAGCAAUGGAAUAGUCGUCCCACCUAAUGGCAACUGUCAGACCUUUGCUGACAUGGAGGCCAUGGGGUCCCCUGUUCCUCAGCUGCCAGAGGAGCCGCACAACGAGUCCGGCCGAGACUCGCCUGUGUCUAACUCUGCUAGUGCUAACGCUACUACUAAUUCUGAGUUUGUCAGUCACAACAAUGAGUUGCAGGUGUGUCGUUUUUCUGUCUGCAUACUUGUUUUAUUGUUUAAAAUGCACCUACGAUGCCAAAACAGACCGUUGUCUUCCACAGAGAGCCUGCGGCAACUCUCGCAACAACUAAAUGGUCUGGUCUCUGAGUCGACAUCUGCUCCAUAUGUGAAUGGGGAAGCUGCACCAUCUGGAGAACUGGAGAGUCGGAACCAGGAGCUGGCAGCCGCCCUGGAAUCUAGCAAGCUAACAAACUCUCAGCUCAAUACCAAGCUAGACCAGCUGGUACAUCAAACUCAGGAGCUCACAGAUCAGCUGCAGAAGGAGCGAAAGGAAUUUGAACAGAAAUUUUCAAAGGAGCAGGGAGCAAUGCGAGAGCAGUUACAGGUUCAUAUCCAAACCAUUGGGAUUCUGGUAUCAGAGAAAUCUGAGCUACAAACAGCACUACAAUACACACAACAGGCUGCACGACAAAAAACAGCUGAAGCAGAGGAGCUCAAUAACCGUCUGCAGACAACAAAGCAGAGAGUUUCAGAGCUGGAGCGAACUCUCUCUACUGUCUCCACACAGCAGAAGCAGUUUGAGAGGCAAAACAAGGAACUUGAAAAAGAAAGAGACAACUUAAGGCUAGAGGUGCUGAGACUCAACAAUUUAAGUGAGGAGUCAAAGCAGCAGAGUUCAGAGCUGUCUGAACAGCUGAGACAGAUUACACAAGAUAAUGCUGCAAUGAGGCUGGAGGUAGACGAUCUUCACAAGAGGCUGGAGAUGGCAGACCUCAUGCUACAACAGUACUCCAGUCAGUCAGAUUCCCCCGGUUUCAACCAAAAAGUCGAGAUCCUCCUGGAAGAAAAGCAGCAACUGGAGUCACGUAAUCACCAGCUUCUGGAGUCUGUAGCCCAGCUCAAGACGGAGCGAGAUCAUUAUGUGGAACGAAUCCAGGAGGAGGGCCGUCUGUGGAAGGACAAAACCGAGCAGCUGCUUGCACAGGUGUCUUUGGUAGCAGAGGAGAGAGACAGAAACAUCAACCAAGUCCAAGAGCUGGAGGCCAGCAUUGUAGAGCUGAAAAAUGCUGCGGCAUUAUUGUCUGUGGAGAAGGAAGCCCAGGAAAAUGCUGAGCCUCAACCUUCAGGACCAUCAGAGGCAGAGGUGGCUCUGCAGGAGGCCCUCAGUAGUUUACAACAGGAGAAAGAUGCCAUUACUGCUCAAUACCAGGCUCAGCUUCGAGAUAACGAGCAGCUAAGUCGCUUGUGUGCGGAGCAAGAGACACGCCUGGGAGAGUUGGAGCGGCAGGUGGAGAGCCAGUCGCAGGAGGAAGAGGACCGCAGACGCAUGUUGGAGGACGUUCAGUCAGACAAGGCCACGAUUAGCCGAGCUCUUACCCAGAACCGCACACUGAAAGACCAGCUGGCCGAGCUACAGAACGGCUUUGUCAAGCUGACUAAUGAGAAUAUGGAGCUGACCACUGCAAUCCAGUCAGAGCAACAUGUGAAAAAGGAGUUGGCACGCAGGAUGGGGGAAUUACAAGAGGAGCUGCACAACGUCAAGGAGCAGUUGGAACUAAAAUGUCAGGAGACGCGGGGCGUUCUAGAGCAGAGAGACCAGGUGGUGGCCCAUCUGCAGCAGUACUGCGCUGCCUACCAGGCUGUGGCUGCAGACAGGGAACAGCUCCACCAACAGUUUCUGCAGCAGACCCAGCUCAUGGACCGACUGCAGCAUGAUGAAAGUCACGGCCGUGCACAGCUGGACAUCAGCCAGAAUCAGCUCCAACAAGCAGAGAAGCAUUUGGAGCAGUUGGUCAGAGACAACGAACAGCUGAAGGCUGAGAUAAAAGAGCUGCUCAACAGUUCUGCUCUUGUGGCGACGUCCAAAGACCAGGGAGAUGGAGUGGAAAGCCAAUCAGCGCAGGAGAGUCCUACAAAGUCUUCUGUUGUUAUCCCAGAAGACUUUGAGAGCCAGAAAGAGAUGGAGGAUUUUAUCCGUGGGGCUUUGGCUCAGGUGGAAGCGGAGAGGGACGAAGCCAGAAGGCAGCUGGAGGAGGAGCACAGGCUCCACAUGGCAGCCCGGCAACAGGCGGCCGUGGCCCUUAGACUGGAGCAGCAACACCACAACUAUACACCUGUUCAUGAAGAUGGUCAUGGGCAUGAUGAUUGUCACAGUCACACUGAGCACAGUCAUGAGCAUUCAGAAGGAGUCCCAGUUGAAGUUCAUCAGGCACUGCAAGCCGCCAUGGAGAAGCUCCAGCAGCGCUUCACCUCCCUCAUGCGGGAGAAAGCCGACCUGAAGGAGCGGGUGGAGGAACUGGAGCACCGUUGCAUCCAGCUGAGCGGAGAGACUGACACUAUAGGGGAGUACAUCGCCCUGUACCAAAGUCAGCGGGCCAUAAUGAAGCAGAAGCACCAGGAGAAAGAGCAGUAUAUCAACAUGCUGGCCCAGGACAAAGAGGAGAUGAAGGCCAAACUGGCAGAGCUGCAGGGUCUUGUCCUGAGGCUUGUGGCCGAAAGGAACGACUGGUACAAUCGUUACACUGGAGCUGCAGCCGGCAUGGGAACAGCGAACCCCGACCUGCUUCCUGUUGGGGAGGAGCACUCUCACUUACAGAAGCAAGCGCAUAAGCAUGAGCUUAAUGCUGUUGAUGGAGAAGAAGCCAUAGAGGUCAGCCCACUCUCUGAGACCUCCCCACUACAAGGUCUAGAAGCUGCCUCAUCCCAAACAUUACCAUAUAGUUCUGUUCAGACUGAGUCCAAACCUCUGGUGCUCAGAGAGGAUGGCACCGCCCAACAAAUCAUGCAGCUUCUCCAAGAGAUCCAGAACCCCCAGGGAGCUCCGCGGUCACCGCCGUUCCUGGGCGAAAAUCCCUGCAUCCCCUUCUUUUACCGGCCCGACAAACAGGAUGAAGUAAAGAUCCUGGUGGUGUGAGGCCCAGAGUGUCACUGAGGUUCUGUGGUUGAAUGAUUUGUAGCUUGAUGAACAUAUUUACACAUCUCAAGAAGUUUGACACUUUAACAACCGUCUCACCCAGUUACACUGAAAUGGCCCCUAUUUGUUCAGUUUGUUCCCCCUUGUUUUGCUUUGUCUUUUUUUUUUUUUUUUUUUUUACAGAUGGGAGAUGAUUAGUAUUCCAAAACAAAACUUGAUUAAUCUCCUUAUUGCAAUUUUUAAACCCUAUCUUCCUUUUGUCACUUAUCUCACACAUGUGCAAUAUCGGGGUCAUAUAUUCUGCACCCCUUUGCUGGUACAGCACUCAAAGAGCUGCUAAAAAUGAGCAGUUCUUGUGCAAAAAUCAGUUUCAAUUCACUGUACUCAUGCCAAAAGCAUCAGAUUUGAAUGUAAUAAACCCAAGUAUUUAAAUGUAUGUGAAAUCCGAGGAGGUGGGUGCAGAGAGCAGACAUCAGGCUGGUUGGACUAACAUUAAAUGCAGAGAGCUGUAGGGCAAAGUUAAGUCGACAGGUGCACAUGAAACUUUGUGCCGUUUAGUUUUGAAGUCAUGAGGUUGCUAAGUUACACUAUCAAGUUCAGGAAGUUAAAGAGGGUGUUGCUGAUUGGUACCGUUUCCAAAACUACAUUCGUCUCCUUUGUUUCCUACUUCGAACACUGAAAAUAACUCUUAUGUUUGUACAUUACAUAAUGUUAAUACUUGUGAAAUCUAUUUUGUGUCGAUGUGUUUUAAACUUGCUUGGACUGAGACGUCAACACUUACAAACCAGUGGUUGACCAAGUGAAAUAUGGGCAUGGAUGCAAUUUAAAAGACCCCUUGAAGUUUAACAUUGAUUAAAUAUGUUGAAGGCACAACACACCUCUGUUCUGAAGGCUUGUUUCGCUGUGCUAAAGGUUUCUUCCCAACCUAUUUCCUUAAAUUUAUAUUUACUAUGGUAGAUAUUAUAUUACAACAUGUUAUGAGGCAUUUAGCUGGUUUCACCACAGACAUAUUUCACAUUCCAGUCACUUUCUUCUCUUCCUCAACUGAGCGUCUCGGCUAAAAAAAUUAUUUCCAUGGGGUUUUACGUUUGGGACACUAUUCUUCAGAGCUUGUUGUGUUCUGUUACGUUCAUGUGUGGUUUUACAUAUCAAAGGAUUCAAUACACAUCUUUGACAACUGGAAUGCGUGAGACUGUGUAAGUGAUUUUUUUUUGCUUGGAGUCUAGAUUUUUCUCUUUCAAAAGUGCAUCUCUUCUACUUUGUUUAUUGUAAAAAAACAUUUGUUAGAUUAUACAAAUAUGUUUGCACUAAAUCUGUACAAAGCUUCCUCUCACAGCUCACCCUGUGCUGACGGACUGUUUAGAAUAGCCUGGGUUUCAGUGAAAGGGGAGGGCGUGUCCCAUGAAGCUUCAUGCUGAGGAUUCCCCUGAAUUUAAUUGCUGGUUACAUUUGUCAUCUCCAUUCAGCAAUAGGUCUUGGGUAAUAACACUUGUGAAUAUAUCUCUUUUGGGCAUUAAAAGCAAGGAAUUACAGAGAAUCCCAACAUUAUAAUGCAGCUCUGGUUUUGUGUUUGCAGAGACUACAAAGCAGAUCGCCUUCCUAUAAAUUUGACUAAACAAAAUUGGAGCAUUUCUAAUUUGAGAACAAUUCAUAUUGGCUCUCAUUUACUAAGCUUUGAAAUUGCACACAAAAUGUUUAUUGCCAAAAGUAUCAGAAGGCGAAGUAAUUGUGCAGAAUGUGGUAGUUUUUGCAGACUCCUCAAAGCAAACCAGUAAAUUACAAGAAAAAAAAAUGUAUGGGUACAGUUACAGGAAUUUCAAAUAGCACCAAUAGUAAAACACAACAUUUCUGUUUUAAGAACCCCUACAUUUUCUUUCUUCAGACUUAGUUUUAAUAUAUAGAUACUUUUUUGUUUGAACGCCUUUUUUUUCUUUGGGUGGUUCGACCAACAGACAAAUGCACAAUACAAUCUGCAUUUUUUUUUCCCUCUCCCCUCCAGGUUGUGUGAAAUCAACAAUGUGGAUGAAAUGAUUUCCUACUUCACCGCUUAACGAUGUCACGUAAGCGAUUGACACCAAGAAAAACAUUAACCAUCUUUAUUGUAAAAGAGGUGUUGUAUAUACUGUAACUGUGUAAUAUAUUGUAUAUUCAUAAUGCCUGAUGUGUGGAGGGGGAGCUGCUUCGCCACAUUAACCGGCUGUAUGGGGUUGUGUGUAUGUCUGUUAGUGCAGAGUUGGGAUUGUUGGCCGUUACUGACUGGCUGUGGUUUAUUACAAACACCAACAAAAUGGAAAAAAAAAAAAUAUUUAUUUGGAAUAAGUUAGCAUCUCAUCUAAUCAGUUUUAAUAUAAACUUGAAGUGAGUUUAGGAUGAAGGAUCUCAGAGCAACCUGAUUUUUGAGUGCUGCUUCAACCCAAGCUAUUUUUUUUUCUCCUUUUCUCUUGAGUAAUACUUUCCUCCUGAAUAAAACUGAUUGAGCAACUCAA